CUUCUGAAGAAGUUGAACAUGAGUGACUGCAACAUCUCUAAGACUCCAAUGCAUCCAACAUACAUUCUUGAGAAAGAGGAAGUUUCCUCUAAGGUUUGUCAGAAGCUCUAUCGUGGAAUGAUAGGCUCUCUUCUUUACUUAACUGCCUCCAGACCUGAUAUAUUGUUUAGUGUGCAUCUCUGUGCUAGAUUCCAAUCAGAUCCUAGAGAGACUCACUUAACUGCUGUUAAGAGGAUCCUCAAAUAUCUGAAAGGAACCACUAACCUUGGCUUGAUGUAUAGAAAAACAUCAGAGUAUACACUUUCAGGUUUUUGUGAUGCUGACUUUGCUGGAGAUAGAGUGGAAAGGAAAAGCACUUCUGGAAGCUGCCAUUUUCUUGGAGCAAAUCUUGUCACUUGGUCAAGCAAGAGACAAAACACAAUUGCUCUAUCAACUGCAGAAGCAGAAUAUGUCUCAGCUGCCACUUACUGUACACAAACCAUAUGGAUGAAGAAUCAUCUGGAGGACUAUGGAUUGUCUCUGAAGAAGGUCCCUAUUUACUGUGACAACACAGCUGCUAUCUCACUCAGCAAGAAUCCUAUUCUACACUCAAGAGCAAAGCAUAUAGAGGUUUGGAUCGAGCUGAGUGGGGAAGAGAAGACUCUGAACAAACUAUGAAGCUACAAAACGGAGGAGAACACCCCAGAGAAGCACAAUGCUCAAAGAGUAACCUCUGCAACGCUUUCGCACGUACUAUGUUCAAACUGAACAGUAGAUCAAGCUUCAGAAGAUCUGAAGAUUAUAAAGCUCUGAUAUGGAUUCAGCUCACUAGACGCUCUAAAGGAUCAGAAGCUGAGUAGUGAAGAUUCUGAAGUCCAAGAGUAAGCUGGCUCUGAAGACCAAGUACUUCUCCUCUGAGUCCAGAAGCAGAAGAUACAAAGGUCAGAGGAUCCAAGCUUCCCUCUGACUCUGAUCAUCAAGCUUCACAAGUUCCAAGAUGAAGCAUCACUCUGAUCAGAAGUCAACAUGGUUGAAGGUCAUGUCGCUAUCCAAAGUACAAAAGCAAUUGUACCAUUCUUGACGACCUUACCUAACUAAUUCAGCCACAGCAAAACCUGGAAAUUCUAGAUCUGCCCUCCAACGGUAGCAUCUCCAUGCAACGUUCAAACCCUAAUCCUUGGAGUAUAUAAAGAGGCUGAAGAUUGAAAGAUGCCGCCUAAGAAACUUGUUCACGCGCAAGAAAAAAUUCAAAUAUCUUCUUAGCAAUCUUUCUUCAAAUAGAACUAAGUGUGUUUACUAUCAGCUUUCCAAGAAGCAUUUAUUUGUAAACUCUAAACCUUCAAACAGUUGUUUGAUUUACCUUUAGGAGAUCAAGGUUGAUCGGAUCCUAGAGAAGACUAAGAGAGUGAAUCUUAGUGUUAGCUAAGUUAGUGUAUUGUUAGUCACUUUGCAGGUAGCAAGUGCAGUUGUAACAAACUCUGAUUAGUGGAUUGCCUUCAUUCUAAGAAGGAAGAAAUCACCUUAACGGGUGGACUGGAUUAACUUGAGGGAUUUAUCAAGUGAACCAGGAUAAAAUCAUUUGUGUGCUUUCCUUAUCUCUUAUCUCUGCACUUUUAUCAUUGGUGAUUGAAGAGAUUUAUUUAAAUCUCAAGUGGGUUGAGCUUUUAGUUUUAAAACGCUAUUCAAACCCCCCUUUCUAUCGUUUUUCAUACCUUCAGGCUCGAGCUUGAAGUGGCAAGGUGAUGGUUAUUUUUCCCAUGAGAUUGUCUCAUUCUUCGGAAUGUCUUGAAUUGCUCGAAGUGGCGAUGUGGUGGUGUUUGUCCCGCGUGAUUGUCUCGUCUCGCGAGACGCUAUUGAUCGAUCCAUCUUGGUAGCAGCAUAUAGUCGCAUCAUAGAGCACUAACAUUUGAUUUUGUUGAUUUCUGAUUUGAUUCCAUGUUGUUGGAUGUGUUGUCAUCUAUCUUGAAUUAAGUUGUUAGCCUACUUACCAUGUCAUGUAUUAAAUUCGAAUAACAUGUUUUUCUCUCUUAUGUGAACUGAUUCCAUGUAGUUAAACCUUUUUGUUUGCUACUUGUUUUUUGGGCACUUAACGC